AUGUCAUACGCCAAUUUGRUGGAAGAAAUAAUGAAAAUUUUGGGAUUGGUAGGUAGUUCUGAUUAUCCUGAUGUAUUUGCAUGCGUUGGAACCAUUCAGUUUAUUAAGAAGGAUAUGAAAAUAUCAGAUGACAAAGAUGUGCAUUGGUUGUACAAUAUCAUUUCUAAUGGUGCUAUCCAAUGCUGUAGUUUAGUUGUCGAUUGUAGAAAUUGUCUUUCUAACAUAUUAGACCRCAUGCCUAUUAAUACUUCAAGUUCUAUGGACAAUGGUAUACAGUCAUUUGGUCAAUUUUAUCGSUYCAUUGAUGUUGCCAAUAUUUCGGCKACUUUCCACAUURAAGUGAAUGACAAGUUYUGUGGAAAGCGUAAUUUACAGAAUGCAUURAGGUCUGUUGCUAUAAGASAUAAUUUUYAAUUUAGGACUGUGAAAUCCAAUCGUGAAGUACUUAUUGUUYGUUGCUUGACUAACAACUGCCARUGGUUUCUUCAUGCUUCAAAGUUUGGAGAUAAAGGAAGCGAGAUUUGGAUAGUAAAGAAAUUUGUACACGAACAUACAUGUUCUCUUGAAAUAGUACUUAACGAUCAUCGGCAAGCAACUUUUUCUGUUAUCAAGGAGUUUAUUAAGGGUAGGAUUAACAURUYUGGCACYGAUUUGCCUAGUGUUAAAGAURUUAUAUCCCAUGUGCAUAGAGAACUCGRUAUUAGUAUCAACUAUCAAAAAGCAUGRCRUGCAAGAGAAUMUGCCAUAAAAGAAAUUAGGGGAUCACCUGAGGAKUCUUAUGCAUUGAUCCCUUMUUUUUGUCAUAUGAUUAAAKUGAAGAAUCCAGGUUCAGUUUGUGAUUUUAAARUUGACAAUAAUGGAAGGUUCSAGUAUMUUUUCAUGGCUWUGUCGUCUUCUAUAUCUGGUUGGAAAUAUUGCYGACCUGUUAUUUCAGUUGAUGGAACAUCAAUGAAGAAUAAGUAUGCUGGCACCUUGAUAUCAGCUUGCACUUUAGACGCGAAUCAUCAGAUAUUCCCKUUGGCRUUUUCUGUURUGGAUUCUGAGAAUGAUGCUUCAUGGGUUUGRUUUUUUGAACAGCUAAAACGAUGUAUUGGUGUUCGUCAAGACCUUGUAAUUGUCUCAGAUAGGCACAAGAGUAUAGGCAAAUCAGCUGAGAAGGUUUUCACUACUGCUUGCCAUUGCAUAUGCGCGUACCACCUCUUCAAAAACUUGAAGUUGAAGUACAAGGAUAAGGUUUCGGAUAAUUUAUUCUUCCCAUGUGCCAAAGCAUACAAUGUUGAGGAUUUUGAAGAUAACAUGCGUCUUUUAGAUUCUACUGUACGAGGCAUACGUGAAGAAUUAUCGGUCAUAGGUUUCUCUAAAUGGUCGUGUGCUUUUUCUAGUUCGUCCAGAUACAAUUUUAUGACAACCAACAUUUCAGAGAGUCUAAAUGCUGCCAUGAAAGAUGCAAGAGAAUUACCAAUUACUUCCAUGUUAGAAGUUGUGCGGAUGAUGUUGCAGAGGUGGUUCUAUGAGCGUAAGAACCAUGCCGAUUUUCAAAUUACUGAAUUCACAAAAAGUGUUGAGAAAAAGUUAAGAGAACAAAUUUCAGAUGGUCGUACAAUGCAUGUUUAUGCUGUCAACAACGAUAUUUAUCAAGUAAUUGAUAACCAUAGACAGGUUGAGAAGCAUUUACCUACAAAAGGUUACGUCUCCUUGUACUAUUCAAACAACUAUUUACGUUCCACGUACAGUGGAAGUAUACACCCAUUAGGUCAUCAGUCAAGUUGGAAUAUCCCUGAAGAUGUGAAGAUUAUAAAGAUGCUUCCUCCCAAUGUGAAACGUCCUGCUGGUAGACCAAAGAAGUUGAGGAUUUAA